AAACUUCAUCAGUAGAUGCACCACCGUACAGAGAUCAACAAGAAGAUCUACAAGAUUGGCCAGGGCUACCACACCAAGGAUGGAAAGCUGGUGAAGAACAACGCCUCUCCAGAGUACGAUCUGUCCAACAAGAGCAUCAACCCCCUGGGUGGUUUUGUUCACUACGGAGAUGUGACCAACGAUGUCAUGGUGAAGGGUUGUGUUGUGGGGACCAAGAAAAGGGUGCUGACUCUGCGCAAGUCUCUGCUGGUGCAGACCAGCCGUCGUGCUUUGGAGAAGAUUGACCUCAAGUUUAUCGACACCACUUCCAAGUUUGGUCAUGGUCGCUUCCAGACAUUGGAGGAGAAGAAGGUGUUCAUGGGACCACUCAAGAAGGACCGAGUCACCAAGGAGGAGACUGCUUAAAGUUCAAUGUCUCUGCUGCAUUAACUGUCAACAUCAAUGUUGUGCAGUUAUUUAAUAAAAAAACAAAAGAUA